AUAUCCAGCACACAACAACAAUAUUCAUUAGGCGGGCAUUGUAUGAUCCUCAGAUCAAUAUGCAGCACACAACUAAUGUUCUAUAAUCGUGAAGCUGUUCCCGAUUUCUUCGUCUGGGGUGCAUAUAUGAGUUUUCCGUGAAUUAUUGGUGGAAACAAUGACACAUUCAAAACAAUUAUUAUUUAUGAAUUGUUGAAUAAGUAAUAAGCAACCUUACAUGAGAUAAAAGUUUCACGUUUCGAAUUCGUCAGAUUUCAACCAGAUAACGAUUAAAUCGCAUCGAAUGUUCUUCGAGAGAACAGGGUGUUGAGAACAAUUGCUCAAUGUACAACUGAACUCAGUGAAACAAUUUUCAAACUGUUGUUGUGGUUAAUAAAGCAAAUAAAACAUCAAAUUGUGCAAAAUAAAAAUAAAAAAAUUAAAACAGCUAAAUAAAAUGGGUUGUAAAUUGGGUAAAUUAGCAAAUUGUUCCAAGACCGUAGGAAGUACUGUCUGCGGACGUUCAUUAGGUCCACCAUCAGCAGCACUACAUCCAAGACUUGCACUUACAUCCAGACAAAAAUACACCAUGAUUGCACCGUGGAGUGGCAUUAGUAUGCAACCGGCUGGAAUUUGUAUGUCUUUAAAUUUAUUUUCGGGCUGGAUUUCGCCUGCAAACAGAAUGUAUUCUACAAUGUCCGAAGACAAAGAGCAUAGAUGUUAUCAGAUACCAAAAUUCAAUACUUUAUUUACGUACCGUGCCAACCCGUUCGACAAGCAACUUCCUCGGGUGAACGAAUGGAUGGACUGGAUUUUUCAAUUUUCUCUUCUAUCUAAAUGCCAUUAUGAACGACGGAUACGCGAAGCUAGUAUCAUGACUACAUCUUACAUGUAUCCUUUCUGCAAGGACAUCAAUCGUUUCGAACGGUUGGUGAAGUGGUUGUCUUAUUUGUUCGUUGGUGACGACCAUGUAGAAAUUGGCCGUACCAAAGAAGCUACACAGCAAAUUACAAAUCAAGCCAUCAACUGUAUAAGGCGAUUGGAAGCCAUCCAUGUCACUGGCGAAGAGCACAAUGUUUCGCUACUUAAUAUCAGGCAGUUUAUUGUGUGCACGUAUCUUGUUGUCGAAGACAUUUUGCUAGAUAUGAAAAUGGAGCAGAGAAAACGAUUCCUACAAGCGUGGCGGUCGUAUUGCUUGGCGACCAGCAAAGAAAAUGAACUAAUCGAGAUACAACUACUCGACCUGGAUGUGAUCGUCAAAACUCGCCUGGAGAGCGGUGCAGUGAGAACGAUAAUCGCGUUAAUCGAAUACUCGGAGAAAAUUCACAUUUCCGAUGAAUUAUGGUACGAUGAUCGGAUUCAACGUUUAAUGGAUCUGUGUAAUUAUUGCGUCGUAUUGAUUAACGAUGUGUACUCAUUCGAGAAAGAGUUUCUCGAUCAGGAUAAGGACAUGACCAAAAUGGUGUGGAACAUUGUCGGAUUUCAUGUGCUCAAGUACAAUUGUUCCAUUGAAGAGGCAUUCGGAAGAUCGUUAGAUGUUAUCAGGGAAUAUCAAUCUGAAUAUAAAGAGCUGGCGGAUAGUCUUAUCAACGAUCACAGUCUAGGCGCUGAAUGCAAAAAGUUUGUCGAUUGUGUGACUGCUGUAAAUGCUGGUAAUUUUGCUGUAUCAUUACGCUGUAAUAGGUAUAAUGACAUUUACGAGACACAGUGAAAAAUGUAAGUUUCAAUGAGCUAACAUCGAUGCUAAAUAAACGGACAAACGUUCUUGUUAUGUUGCGACAGUAAAUUUA